AUGACAGCACGAACGCCACUGACAUCGAUGGGCGACCAUUUCUUGCAACGUCUCCAGCCAAGCACAAACGGGAUCACGACAAUCCGGAUAGAAACUGACAACAUGAUCGCCACUGACAUCGGUCGGCAGCCAUAUCUUGUAGUGUCUCCAACCAGGCACAGUGAGGAUCACGCGGUCCCAACGACAAACAACAUGAUUUCUCCUCACCAUUUACCAGUAGAAUAUCUGUUAAGCAUUAGCCCACUAGACCUCUUCUUUGAAUAG